AUAUUGAGGUGAAGCCACGUGGAGUUAGACCAUAGACCACACCUGAGUAUCUAACAGCUCUAGCUCUGUAGCUACAGUGUCUGUGUGUGUACUGCCAUCAAGAGCCAGCCAUGCCUACCAUCAGUGUGGAGAAGGACCUCCUGUUCAAGACACUGGGAAAGACAUACACUGAUGAAGAAUUUGAUGAGCUCUGCUUUGAGUUUGGCAUAGAGUUGGAUGAAGUGACAUCAGAGAAGCAGAUGCUCUCAAAGGAGCAGGGCGAGGGCAGAGCUGCUGAUGCUUCUGAUAAAAUCAUCUACAGAGUUGAAGUCCCCGCCAACAGGUAUGACCUACUGUGUAUGGAGGGGCUCACUAGAGGACUGCUGGUGUUCCUGAACAAAAUGGAUGCCCCGCGGUACAAGGCCGUCAAGCCAAGCUCUGGGAGUGUUCAGAGGAUGAUAGUCAAACCAGAGACUGCUCAAGUGCGACCGUAUGGACUGGCAGCUGUGCUUAGGAACGUCACCUUCACCAAGGCUAGCUACGAUAGCUUCAUUGAUUUGCAAGACAAACUUCACCAGAACAUUGGAAGGAGGAGGAGUUUGGUUGCCAUAGGAACCCACGACCUGGACACUGUUGAGGGGCCGUUCACGUACGAAGCCCUACCCCCAGAGCAGAUUAAAUUCAAACCCCUCAACCAGACUCGAGAGUACACAGCCGUUGAAAUGAUGGAGCUCUACUCAAAAGACAGUCACCUGCGACACUAUCUGCCCAUCAUACGAGACAAACCUGUUUAUCCGGUUAUCUACGACAAGAACAGAGUGGUUCUCUCCAUGCCUCCCAUUAUCAAUGGGAACCAUACUCGUAUUUCCUUGGAUACCAAGAAUGUGUUUAUUGACAUCACGGCCACUGACCUUACCAAGGCUAAGAUAGUCCUGGAUACCUUGGUGACAAUGUUCAGUGUGUACUGCAAGGAACCGUUCAUUGUGGAGUACGCUGAGAUUGAAAGACCUGAUGGAUCUAUACAACUGUACCCUGAGCUCCAGUCUCGUACUGAGGUGGUCCCUGUGAGCCUGAUCAACCGGAACGUUGGUAUACAGCUGUCGGCAGAGAAGGUGGCCUCACUACUCACACGGAUGUGCCUCCGGAGUGUGGUGUGUGAGGGUGGGAAGAGUGUGAGCAUCGAGGUCCCACCCACACGAGCAGAUAUUUUACAUCCUUGUGAUAUCGUUGAGGAUGUUGCCAUAGCGUUUGGUUUCAACAACAUCAAGAUGACCUUCCCCAACACUAACUGUAUUGCCCACGAGCUACCAGUGAACAAACUGACUGACCAGCUGAGGCUAGGAGUGUCCCAGGCAGGCUUCACUGAGGCCCUCACCUUCGCCCUGUGCUCCAGGGAUGAUAUAUCCAUGAGGUUGAGGAAGGACAUUAAAGACAUACCUGCUGUGCAUAUCAGCAACCCAAAGACUCUAGAGUUUCAGGUGGCCCGGACUACCCUACUCUCUGGACUACUCAAGACUGUGGCAGCCAACAAGAAGAUGCCUCUGCCCAUGAAGAUCUUUGAGAUCUCCGACAUUGUGCUGAAGGACACAGAGAAAGAUGUGGGAACACGGAACCAUCGUCGGUUGUGUGCAGUGUAUUAUAGUCGUACCCCCGGGUUUGAAGUGAUCCAUGGACUACUGGACCGUGUCAUGCAGCUGCUGGAGGUGUCCUUCACCAAAGAUGGCAGUGGAUACUUCCUCAAGGCAGCUGAAGACUCUACCUAUUUCCCGGGCCGUUGUGCGGAGGUGUGUGUACGUGGGAAGGUGAUCGGGAAACUGGGCGUGCUCCAUCCCGGUGUGUUGACGACCUUUGACCUCAACAUGCCCACCUCUGCUUUAGAAAUUGACAUUGAACCUUUCCUCUGAACAAAAAUUAUUGAAUGGCAUUUUUGAGUGUAUAAUUUGCAAUAUUUGGUAA